AUGGGGGAGUCAGAAACCAGCUGUGUGAAGAGAAGAUUUGCCAAGCCACCUGAUGUUCAUUGUCCUACAGUGCUCCCAGAAUCCAGCCAGUACCCCUCAGGACCAACCCCAAAUGCAAGCAGUGCCUCUGGAGGAAGCCACUCGGAGGAUGUUCUGUCAAUUCACCAGGCUGACAAUGGCUUUUGUGGAAGCUAUUUGGCGGAGUUGGACCAGUCAAUGGACCACUGUAAUGAUGGAUUGCCAACAUAUAACUCCAGCCCCUACCACGCUAUGCCAUUAGAGAAAGCAAGGAAUGACGGCGGUGCCAGCUAUGCACAUGGCUCAAGAUUAGCUGACUUCAGCGCACUGGGCUUGGCUCACCUGACCCCGCAGCACCCAUCCCACCCCCCUUCAGCUCCAGAAACACCACGGGGGAGAUUAUAUGGAGAGGAAUCAAGCAGAGUGUUGAAAGACAUUGCUGCCAUGAGAACCACGAAGAUGCUUACCGAGCUAUGUAUGGAGGUGAAGCAGAUCUCACGUGACAUUAACUUUAUAAAGACGGAACUUGCUAAACUAAACAUUCAUGGAGCUGGACCAGAGUCACAAGAAGACAACUUCCCCAUAAUGCUUCCACUCACCAACGAGGAGAAGUUUGAUGAGACUGAAGCUGCUUUGAGGGAGGAAGCAGUCCGUCGAAAGAUGAUUACCCGCCUGGCAUUAGUCGGAGGGACCAACUCGGAAAAUAUGAUCCGGCGAAUGCUAUCCGCUGCCAUGACAAACAGUCUAGCCUGCAUCUUCAACUGGGUGGGAAAGGGAGAGAAGAGGGCCUUCAAGGACACGCUGAUAAAGGACUGCAUGUUUGCUGCUGCUCGUCAAUUUGACCGCAGGCUGACGGAAUUGACAUUCAGGGUUGGAGUGCAGAAGUGGCUACGUUACGCACCAGAGAGGAAUGGCGGUGUACCAAGGAAAAAAUAGUUAAACGGACAUUGUUUAAAGUUGGGGUGUUUUCGUUCAUGUUGAACUGGGGUCUUAUAGAUCUGAGUUUAUAGUUAAGACUGCCUUUCCACCGAGUAUGACAACCCUGUUUGCAGUUGCCAGGUUUUUAUGUCAUCUGGAGUUUCAGAGCAAAUAUAAUUUGAACUACAGUUGAUGGCCAGAUCAUUGUCUCUAAGGAGCUUCCUCCACUUAAAGGUCCCAUGUCAUGCUUUCCCGGUUAUUACCCGUCCCCUUGUUGUUAUGUAGCUUUUUCUGCAUGUAAAUGGUCUGCAGAGUCAG